CCGCUCCCAAAUAUUUGAAUCUGUUCCCAAGCAAGAAAUCGCUUUGCGGCGUUCAAGUCUUUUGCUAGCUAGUCCUUUCUCUCACAGGGACCAAUGGAUUUGAAAGAAGCUGGAGCUUCACUUGAUGGCCUGAUUUCCUCAUUCAAUACGCGAGUAGCUGAGCUUCAGCAGCUCGUUAUCGCUCGCAACAUGUAUCCUGCAAGCAGCAUUAGCGAUUUGUCCGCCAUAGACGCCGCGUUGAAGGGCAUGGAGCUUCAGGUUCAGAAUAUCAAGAAUCGGUUACGUGAUGAAGCUCGAGCUGUCCCUAAAGCAAAGAAGUUAAUUGAGGCGGCCGUGGUACAACGGAAGAAAUUGGAGAGUAUUUCAGCUUUUGUUCCAUCAAGCGUGCCCGAUAGAUGUACUAACUUGAAUCGGGACACUGAUAAAUGUGUGCAAAGAGAAGAGUAUAAGCAAGAUCCUGGAUUUCAGCCUUUGAAGCAUGAGGAGCCUGCACCUAAAGAAAAGAAAGGUCGAGUGCCCCCACCAAUGUGGUACAUCACUGGAGAGGAGCUAAAUUCCGUGCCACCGUACAUGAAACAGAGACUGACUAUGGAUAAGGUGAAUGGUGCAAUUGGAGACAUGGCAGCAUAUGCCGAAGCAAAUGCGCAACUUAUUGCUGCACCACGGAAAAAACUAGCAGAUAAUAACUUGGACAAGGCUCUGGAAUUAAGAGAAAUUGCAAUGGCAGAUGCAGUGAAAGGAAAGUACUUUUUCCUAGAGUCAGACAUUAAGGGGCCUUCCUUGAAACUUGAUAACACGGGAAGAGCACUAUUGACGCUACAAAUAACUAACCUAGCAACAACAGACCGGCCCAGAGCUGUUGUUUGGCUUCGACCUGACUCUCCGUGGGUCAAGCUGAACACUGAUGGUUCCUUUGAUCGUCACACUGGAGUUGCCGGAGGAGGAAGCUUGAUCCGGGACCACAGCGGCGCCCUCAUCACCGCCUUCCACGCGUCCCUUCAGGCCUCCUCGAGCUACGAUGCAGAGAUUCAGGUAUUACAGAUCGGCCUUCAGAUUGCUGCCCACCUCUCUAGCCACAUUUGUAUCGAGCUAGACACUGCGGCUGUCGCCACCCUUUUGACCUCGGGCCACCAGGGCUCGUGGCAGAUUCAGCACCCGCUUAUGCGUAUUAGAGCCCUACUCUGGUCUGUCCAUCAUAGGAUCACGCACAUUUUCCGUGAGGGGAACAGACCUGCCGACUAUCUUGCCAGCCUUGGCGCCACCAUACCAGAUACACAUACAUUUCAGACCGACACUGCUCCACUCCGCCUACGCACGCUGGUUCGGAUGGACCAGCUUGGAUAUCCAUCAUUUCACAAUUUCCAUCGCUUAGGCCACCACCGCCACCAAGACGACGAAGAAGAAUAUUCACAGACCCUUCCCCUCCAGGAAUUUAAGCCGGAGGAGAUCCAGGGCCUGACGUCGGAUGAGCUCUUGGUCCUCUCGACGACGGAGCUCGAUCGGAAAAAGCUCGACGACGGAUUCAGAUCCUACAGCGUGGGGAUCAGGGACGAGCAGUCUCGCCGCCAUGAAAGCUCCAAUCGCGAGGGCGGUCGGGAAUUUGCUCCGUCUAGCGCUGACCAGACCGAAGAUUAUCACCAUGUGGAUUUGGCGAGCGGAGGGAGAGGGAAAAAAGAGGGGCUUCUUAACGGAUUCUCAAUCACAGGCAAAUGA